AUGUAAUGGUCAUACGCGGUGUAGCAUUUGGGUAAACAACAAACAAUUUGGUGAUCCAUGCCCGGAUACGGAAAAAUAUCUGGAUGUGGAAUUCAAAUGCUUCGAAAAACCGGAUCCUGUAAAGACAACAGUAAGUACAUCAAUGGCAACAACAUUCAAUACAGUUGCUAUUAAUCAGACAUUAUUGAUAAAUGAUUUAACGAAAUCAUCAAUAGAAAGCGAAUUUACGACGAUGAAAUUGUUAGACAAUGAUGGUAAACAGUUGUAUUGUAAUAUGAUAACGAAACGUGACAUAGACUGGCCGAAAACAGAAUUUGGCAUGACAGCUCGCGUACCAUGUCCAAUCGGUUCAACGGGUUAUGCAGAAUGGAUAUGUGGAUCAAAUGGACAAUGGGAAUUGGAUGGACCGGAUUUGUCACGUUGUAUUAGCACAUGGAGUAAAGGAUUACUUAUGGAUGCGGAAGAAGCUGAUGGUUCAUUGGAUCGAUUGGAAUUUCUACACGAAAUCCAACAACGAACACGACGUGAAUCAUUAAUUGGUGGUGAUCUAAUCACUCUUUCUAGUGCUUUAAAAUUGUUGAUUCCAACAACAAUAUAUGAUAAUGAUGCGGAUAGAUAUAUUGAAUUAAUUGUGGAAAGUAUUAAUAAUAUGAUGAAAGAAUCACAAAUAUUAGCAUGGAAUGAUUUGAAAGAUGCAAAACGACGGAUGAUAGCUGAUCAAAUGAUGAAUAUUGUGGAUCAAAUCUCUAUGACAAUUAGUACAUUAAUUACUCCUGAUACACCACGUAUUAUCAUGAAACCUAAUAUUGAUAUUGAACUUGAAAUAUCAGCUGUUCGAAUCCAUGAUUAUAUAGCUUUUCCAAGUACAAGCUUAUAUCGAACAACCGAUGAUACGGUUAACAUUCCACGAGAGGCAUUGACUUUACGCAAUAAUGCUAUCAAUGAAGCUAAAAUCCUUUAUGUGGCAUAUUCAUCAAUGGGUCAACAUUUGCUACCUGAACCACGCCAAGGUACGGAUGGCAUCAUGGUACCACGACAGAUUGCAUCAAAAAUAAUUUCCCUCUCUGUAAUUAAUAGCCAUAAUAAAAUUGAAACCAUUGAUCAUCUUCGUACACCAGUUAUUAUAACAUUUUCAACUGAGGAUCGAGUAAAUCUUUCCAUGCCACAAUGCGUAUGGUGGAAUCGUACUCGUUUACAAUGGUCAUCUUAUGGUUGUAUGGUCAAUUUGCAUAAUAAAACUCAUACAGUUUGUCAUUGCAAUCAUUUGACAUAUUUUGCUGUCCUCAUGGAUGUCCAUUAUCAAGAGCUUUCCAUUGGACAUAAUAUAGCAUUAACAUUUAUAACUUAUGCUGGUUGUACAAUAUCAAUAAUAUGUCUUUUAUUAUCACUGAUAGCAUUUCAAUGCUUUGGUACCACUGGUGGUGAUCGAAUUUUUAUUCAUAAAAAUCUUUGCUUCUCAUUAUUGAUUGCUGAAGCUAUCUUCCUUGGUGGUAUUUGGCAGACAAAAAAUUCGUUUUGCUGCAGUAUUAUAGCCGGUAUAUUACAUUAUUUCUUUCUUGCUGCAUUUUCCUGGAUGUUAUUAGAAGGUUUCGAGCUUUACUAUAUGUUGGUUGAGGUAUUCCAAUCAAAAGAUUCCAAAAAAUCAUACAUAUUAUUGUUUGGUUACGGAUUCCCAUUAUUAGUUGUCGCUGUAUCAGUAUGGUUUGAUCGAUUUAGCUACGGUACAGAACGAUACUGUUGGCUACGAUCCGAUAAUCACUUCAUUCUAGCAUUUGUUGGACCGGUAGCUAUUAUCAUGUUUUGUAAUGCAGUCUUCCUCGUGAUGACACUAUUUAUCGUAUGCAGUCAUUCCAGUAUCGGUUACACACCAUGCAAACAGGAUCGUGAUGGAUUGAAAAAUGUUCGGAAUUGGUUGAAAGGAUCAAUAGCAUUGGUUACAAUAUUAGGUCUUACUUGGACUUUUGGCUUUUUAUGGAUUGAUGAGCAAUCAAUUCUUAUGGCUUAUGCAUUUACUAUUAUGAAUUCUCUCCAAGGAUUGUUCAUAUUUCUAUUUCAUGUCGCUUUUAAUGAUCGAUUACAUAAAGAUUACCGGAAAUGGGUAAAACAUGCAUCUUGGAUACCGGAUUGCAUGCGUGAUGAUUCAAGUCAUACGUCACGUAUGAUGCCAUAUUUACCUACAAGUAACACAAGCAAAACCGGUCAAGCAGUUAGUUCUAGCUCAUCAACAGCUUCCGAGCUAUUGGUAAGUGUAAAAUUGCUUACUUAA